AUGGAUGUCAGGUUAGUUAUUGACAAAUACGAACAGUUCAGUGCGGUGAGCGAUGGUGCACCUCUGAAGGCCCUCACCUGUUCUCCCUCACCAAUCCUCUCACUGGUAUCCACAGGGAGCCGCGAGGCCGCCUACACGUACGCGGUGACCAGCGCGGGAGUCACCCACAGCGUCACGACCGCUUGCUCCCGCGGCAACAUCUCCACCUGUGGCUGUGACGACCGCAGGCGAGGGCGGUACAGUUCCUCCGGGUGGAAAUGGGGCGGCUGCAGCGCCGACAUUAGGUUCGGGGUCAGGUUCGCGCGGGAGCUCCUGGACGCCCGCGAGGUGGAGGGGGACGGCCGCGCCCUCAUGAACCUGCACAGCAACCGGGCGGGACGCAGGGCGGUGCGGAGCGGGAUGAGGACGGAGUGCAAGUGCCACGGCGUGUCGGGCUCCUGCACCGUCAAGACCUGCUGGAAGACCCUCCCGCCCUUCACCUUCAUCGGGAAGCACCUCUUCCACAAGUACAGGAAGGCCAAGUCCGUCUCAGUGCAUAAGGCCUGGAGCACCGCUUCACGAGGAAGUAAAUCUGCAUUCCCGACGAGACGAGCGGCGAGGCGGCACCGCGGGUCCAGGCGGGGCGGCGGCUCCUCCGACACCCGCGUCAUGCCCUUCAGCUUCCAGCAGCAGACGAGCGGCUGAACAGACACUCCCCGGGAUGACUGAACGACAGCCAGGCUGGACUGAAUGAUCCAGCAGUUGCUGCAGGUGUGGCCAGGUGUUGCAACCCUCCAAUAAGCACCUGUACCAAUCUGGAUAGAGAUGUGUAGUACACAGUGUAAGGACAAUCCAGUUGCCAGUCAAACAUCUGGCACUGUUCCCCAAAAGAGCUGACAAACUCCGAGCCAAGUUUUUUUUUCUUUACACUCUUAGUGGAGGGGCCUAUGUAAUCCCGUAGAAUAGGAAUGUUAAUUUUUGGCUGACUGUUGUUUUAGCUUCAGAUGUGUCUUGACUUGUUAAAAAAAGAUGUUGCCAACUUCUCUGUCACCUUCUACAUCCAUUUCCAUCAAAAUGUUAAUUUUGGCAAUUUAAGAAAAUAUUUGGCACACUUCGCUGAUUUUACUGAUGCCUAACACAGGAAAAUGCGUGCCAGAUACAUAUAGCCACCUGUUUCAGUCUAUAUUAUCUCUUUUAGACAAUAUAUAUAAUGGUGCAAAUUUUUUUUUUUUUUAAGAAAAAGUAAAUUUGAUAAAUUCAGCAAAAAAAGUUUUCAUUAAUGUAAGAAGAUUGAUACUUCAAACUAAGACAAAAUUAUUGUUGCAAACACAGUUUUCAUUUUUUACAACUUACGAACGGAAUGAAAAAUAGUCUUUCCUUGAAACAAGUAAUGAAAUCCGAGAACUCCAACAAAAAAUUAAACAUACUGCUUGAUAUCGAGACAUUUUACAGGGGUGAUACAAAAAUAGGCAUGAUUCUUUGAAAACUGAAAUCAAGAAAUAUGAGAAAUUCUACAGACAAUUAAUUCAAAUAUUUCCAAUGCACCCACAUUAUGAUUUCAUCAAUAAAAUAGCUACUAAUCAAGUACUUAUAGCACAUCUAUAUCAAAAGAUCACUUAUUUCAUCCUCCUCCUCAUCAUCAUCAAUGGCAAGCGGUUUUUCCUGUUCAGUGUUGCUACACACGUCCUCAUCUGCUCCACAGUUACACAUUUUUGAGCAGUUGAGGCCCUGAGAUCUGCAAGUGCAAUGAGUCCUGCAAUUUGUCUUUUUGCAUCCACAUUUUAUCAGAUUGCUAACUGCUGCUGGGGCGGGUGGAAUCUUCGUUGUUAUGGGCACUAGUUUACUUCCUUCAGCUCUCCACCCAUAAUCAGUUGCACUUGGUAACUUGGGGUUAGGAACAUGAGCCUGAUGCCACACCAUGGCUUGGAACUGGGCACGGCACACAGCUUCAUGCAAAACACCCUUUGUUGGUGGUAGCUUCUGAGCUUCGAGCUGUUUUCUGCUGAACAGUCUCCACCUCAGAUCCCUGACUGUUGUUGUUGCUGUCCCAGGUUGAUAAAGCUGACAUACAAACAACUCCAUGGCACUCUCUGUCUCAGCUGAAAGGUUGUUUGAGGCUCCAAGGGCAGCAAAUGCAGACAAUACUCGUGGAGGACACCUGUUCAGGGCUUGCCAACAAGAUAGCUUACCCUUGCCUGCAAAUCUGCCUGUUUGGUCAGCACCAGUCAGAGCAUGGAAACCAGGCAAAGCUUCAACUCUUGCCACACCAAGUAUGUUUACUAUUGGUGCCAACUGGAUUGUGCGCUUUUUAUGUCCAAUUCCUGUGACAAAAUAGGUGUCCUUGCAAAACUGUUGAUAAUAAUAAAUUGCAAUGAUAAACACAUCAGUGUCAGGUGAUUGGAUGUAAAGUUGUGU